AUGUUGAACGAAGUCGUCGUCGUCCUUUCAAGGAUCUGGCAUUCAUCCAUUUCCUCAGAUUUUCAACAGGAACAUAAUCAAGGCCUGAAAAUCCUUACAAACAACUUGUUUUUCAUAACUUUCAGAGGAUACCUAAGGAGGAACUUAGAGAGUCCUGAAAUGGGUGGUGAGAUUGAAAAAUACCUGCUGGAAAAACUCGAUGAAGCACUCAACGACCAAUCGUCCAAUAAACAGAAUCUAUGGGCCAAAAUGUUUCAUCUGCACUCUGACUUCAAAGAAUUGAAGGACUUGCUUGAGAAAAAAGAAGAGUCCACGCUGACAGCAGAUGAACAGAAACGCAGGGAAAAACUCUACCAGCUCAAUAAUGUAUUAACAGAAUGGCAGAUGAUAUCAAAGAAGCAGGGUUCAUGCAAUCCUGAGGCACUACAUUCUUAUGAACUCGGUAGGAGAUUAAAACAGAUCAAAGCAGAUCUCGAAAAGAAAAAUGUCAAUGGAGUUUCAGAGAGAGGUACGGAAGUUAAUGGACAACCGAGUUUGCCAAAGGUACCUGACCGAUGGAGUUCUCGAUACGUAGAUCCAGAAAAGGUUCACGGGCUAGAGGAUGAAGCAAUGACCCUGGAGAGAUUGCUUGUCCGAGGAGAGAGAAACGAUCACUUCAAGGCGAUUGGGAUUGUUGGGAUGGCGGGUAUUGGAAAAACAACACUUUGCCAAUUUCUUCUCACCCGGCAACUGGUGAAGGAUAACUUUCUUCCAAGGAUAUGGAUCUGUAUGUCAAAACAAUCCGAUGACGAUCCUGACAACAACAGCAAAGAGAUCGUCAGAAGAAUGUUAGUUUCUCUUGGAGUUGAAAAUGAAAUCAUCAAUUCUGCAGAGAGUCAUGGCCUUUCUGGGCUACUCUGUGCUCUUCGAGUACAGUUGAGGGGUAAGAGGUACCUGAUUGUCCUCGACGAUGCUUGGAACCCCGACACGUUCUUUAAACAGUUGAAUCCUAAAACAACUCAGGCUGGUAAAUUCGUCGAACACCUUGCGUACGCUUUGCCAAAAGGAUAUGGCGGAGCAGUCAUCGUCACAAGCAGAUCGGAGGAAAUAGCAAAGAAAAUGGUGGGUGAAGAAAACUUGCAUCGAAUUCCACGUACAGACAAAGAGAGCUGCUGGAAGAUAUUCAAAGACUCGGUGCAGAAAGAUGGAAAAGAGUUCUCCGAAGACCUGGAAAAGCUGAAAGAUGAAAUUGUGAACAAUUGUUUUGGGCUUCCAUUAGCUGCCAAAAUGAUGGGUCAAAUUUGGAAUGCAAAUCCUCAACAGAACUCUAAUGGCAGUGAUAAUCACCAAGAAACGCAACAGCCAACAGCUUAG